AUGGCUACUUGGGGAGGCCUCCUUCUUAUCAUUCUGUCUUUCCCACUGUUUUCUAAAUCUUCGUACCUUGCAAAAUCCAAUGAACUGAAAACUGAUGCUAGUGAUCUUAACCUGAGGUGCAUUGACAUUGAACGGAAUGCACUCCUUAAGUUCAAAGAAGGCCUUAUCGAUCCUUUGGGUCAACUUGCUUCUUGGGUUGGCAAAGAUUGUUGUAGAUGGAAGGGUGUUCACUGUAGCAACGAAGAACUCCAAUCCCAGAUUUCUUCGGUUCAUUUGAGAGAAUGCGUUAUCUCAAUCUCUCGUUUUGCAUCUUUUUCUGGGAUUGUUCCUCCUCACCUUGGAAAUCUCUCAAACUUGCGUUAUCUUGAUCUCCUCGCGUAUUCAAAUCCCAAUGAUUACAUUGGAAGUAGCUGGGUCUCAGACUUAAAUUGGGUCUCUGGACUCACUUCUUUGAAAUACCUGGACCUAGGAUACAUCAACCUUAGUUUGGAAACUAAUUGGCUGCAGGCUCUAAAUACGCUUCCCUCCCUUUCUGAAUUGCAUUUGUACUACUGUGGACUGCAAAACAUCCCUCCCUCUCCACUGAAUUUGAAUUUCUCAUCCCUUUCGGUCCUUGACCUAUCUUAUAACUAUUUUAACUCUCUCCCUCAAUGGUUGUUCAAUAUCAGUUCCCUUGCGAAACUUAGUCUUUAUUCUUGCCAUGCGAAAGCCUCCAUUUCACAAGCUGCUUGGGAAGAUUUGUGUAAUUUGCAGGAUUUAGAUCUUUCCAAUAAUGAAAUCAUAGGCAACAUAAGUGAUUUAAUAGGGGCUCUGUCUCGAUGCAGUAAUCGUAGCAUAGAGAUGUUAAAAUUGUGGGAUAGUCAUAUAAGUGGACAGCUGCCUGAGUCACUAGGGUUCCUUAAAAAUCUAAGGUUCCUUCAUCUGGAUGAAAACUUGCUCACAGGUCCAAUCCCGGAAUCUAUUGGAAAGUUGUCUAAUCUGAAAAUAUUAAGCCUUGUCGGGAACCAGUUGACUGGAACAAUCCCGGAAAGUGUUGGAAAAUUCACACAGCUAACUCAAUUGUGGCUCUAUAAAAAUUCUUGGGGAGGUGUCCUAUCCCAGAAGCAUUUCGAAGGCCUCAAGAAACUGGAAUAUUUUUCCAUAUCAUCUUCAAAUAAUGCGUUUUCUAUCAAUUUGAGUGAUGAAUGGGUUCCUCCUUUUAGUCUAAGAUUCAUUGAAAUCGACAGCUACCCCUUGGGUCCAAAAUUUCCAACAUGGCUUAAAACUCAGAAACAACUUGAUUCUAUAAUCCUCACGAAUGUUUCUAUUUCAGGCACCAUACCCCAUUGGCUCAAGAAAUUAUGUCCACAGAUUCAACGGUUAGAUCUUUCUUAUAACCAAUUAGGUGGAAUGCUUCCUGAUUCAUUAGCAUUUCCGGGGUAUACAAGAGUGAUAGUCGACUUCAGCUUCAACCGCUUAAGCGGUCAGAUCCCCCUGUGGCCUAAUGUGACACAUCUCAUUUUGGCGAAUAAUUUGUUUUCUGGAUCGAUACCCACAAACAUUGGCCAAGUGAUGUUGCGACUAAAAAUUUUAGAUCUUUCGGGAAACUUGUUGAAUGACAGCAUUCCAUUGUCUAUCAGCGAUAUGGUGUACUUACAAAGGCUAGAUCUAUCAAACAAUCUUUUGUAUGGAGAAAUCCAUGAAAAAUGGAGGAAUUUGCAAGAAAUUCGAGUCAUAGAUCUAUCGAGGAACAAUCUAUCCGGUAACAUUCCUAAUUCAAUAUGUUCAAUGCCUAAUCUUUUUUGGUUAAAAUUAAGCAGCAACAGUCUUUCUGGAGAACUCUCAUCACUGAAAAACUGCACAAGCUUGAGUGUUCUUGAUCUUGGCGGCAAUGAGUUUUCAGGGAACAUGCCACAAUGGAUUGGAGAGAGCUUGUUAUCACUAGUUGUGCUAAGUAUCCGAGCCAACAUGUUUUAUGGAAAUAUUCCUGAAAAACUUUGUCAUCUUUAUAAUCUUCACAUCUUGGACCUAGCAGAUAACAAUUUAUCUGGAUCCAUCCCAUCAUGCCUGGACAAUUUCAGUAGUUUGAGUUCUUGGACCCCUUACAGUCCAUAUUCACACUAUUCUUACUGGAACUACGUGUUUAUACCCCAGAUGGUGCUGGUUGUAAAGGGAUUGCCAAUUAUGUACACCCUCACACUUUAUCUUGUUAAGGCUAUUGAUCUUUCAAGAAACAAUCUCCGAGGAGAUAUCCCUGAAGAGAUAACACAUCUCUCAACAUUGGGUAGCUUAAAUUUAUCUUGGAACCAAUUGACAGGAAAAAUACCAGAUAGCAUUGGAAGCUUAAAACAGUUGGAAGCUCUUGACCUCUCACAGAACAAUCUUUCAGGUCCAAUUCCUCUGAGCCUGACCUCUAUAACCUCAUUGAGCAAAUUGAAUGUGUCAUAUAACAACUUGUCUGGAAAAUUCCAUCAACCAACCAAUUCCAAACGUUCAAUGAUCCAUCCAUUUAUGAGGGUAACCCUGGACUUUGGGGGAGUCCAUUGCAAACCCCGUGUCUGA